AUGGGGCUAAGAAGCGAAGACUACCAGGGAUCCCCUCCCUUUCGCCAGAUUUGGUGGGAGUUGGCCGGCGCCGAAGUCAAAUUAUGCCUGCUGUUGAAUCUUCCAUCAUGUUUGCCUCGAGAACCAACCGUGACCCCCCCAUCGACGCAGCAACUGCCGAUCAACGCGCGUCAACUCUACAAGAUUGAACUCGAAACAACUGCGACUCUCCUCAAGGCGUGUCAUGUCCCAUCCCCCUUCGACGAAUAUGAUGAUUGCUUGGAGAAGUUGGCAAGGAGUCUGGCAACCUUGGACCAAACUCAAGAGAAUAUCACACAAGUUCCUGAACACAUCAGUCGCGUCAAAAACUUGAGACUGGAGGUGCUCUUGUUCUCAUUGGUCUUACGGGGUAGAGUCUGGUUGAGAGGAGCCGCAAAAGCCCUUGAGAUCGCCAGGGAAAUCAAGACUAUAUGCGGAGACCAAGCAUCAAGACAAGAGUGCUGGCCUCGCGGGAUCGCCGUGGGCCUUGCAGCAGACACCUUGAGGAGGUCUGCACCAUGGGUUCCAAUGGCUCCUCCUUUUCCCACUCAGCCAACCGCGACUGGGUAUUCGACUAUUGCCCCGAAUCUGGACUGCGGUGUCAACGAUCCCAGAUGGGACGCCAUGCACAACGCCAAUGGCGUCGUACUGGACCAAAGCUUGAGUGUUCAGCCUCUCCAACAACAAUACGUCGACUUGGCUCAAUCCGGUGCACCGAGCGAUAACACGUCCUUCCGCCGAACAGACUACGUCCCAUCAUACUCGGCGGCCGCGGCGGAUGACCAUUAUUCAGGUGUACCCUAUUACGCACCUCCGAUCACUCCAGAAGCGCAGCCUGUUGCAUGGCCGGCAUAUACUGGCUCAUAUCAUGAUCCCGAUGUUGGCUCAUAUACCGAUCUCACUAUUGGUUCGUUUAUUGAUCCAAAUAUUGGUUCAUAUCCUGGCUGGCCAUGGCCAGCCGUGUCGGCAACAAACAUGCUGGAUGCAGUGAAUGGUGAUCAAUUUCUAGAUAUAUCUGAGUUCAUGCUGCCCAGCACCGCCGAUGCUGACCCUGUCUUCACUGAGUGA